AUGUCCGUUUUAGCUUUUCUAGUGUUGUGCAUCUUCACGGUUUCUGCACAAAAUUUCGAUCGGCAUUCAAAAUUAGACGACAAUUACGAAAUUUGGUGGUCGACGGACGAAGAAUCUAUUACUUUUCAAGUAGAAGUUGCGACUAGAGGAUGGGUUGGAUUCGGAAUUUCUCCAAAUGGUGGAAUGGAAGGUAGCGACGUGGUCAUCGGAUGGAUUAACGACGGAAAAGCCACAUUUAACGACAGAUACGCCAGAGGGAAAUUUCUUCCGGAAAUUGACGACCAUCAAGAUUGGGAACUUCUGUGGUAUCAACAGACCGAUACGCAUACAAAGUUUCGUUUUAAAAGAUUUCUCAUUCCUUGUGAUUCACAGGAUUUACAUAUAACUGAUGAAACUAUGAGAUUAAUAUUCGCCUACAAUGACGAAAAUCCUGGUUCUACGGGUGAGAUCUCAUAUCAUGGUCCAAAAAAUAGAGGAACCAAGAGCGUUGUUUUAUUGAACUAUCGAAAGAAUAUAAUACCAGAAGAUCCUAGUGAUCUCUAUUAUUGGGAAGUCAGACAGUCAAACUAUAAGGCAGCAACACAUUAUUGA